GAGAGAGAGAGAGAGAGAGAGAGAGAGCGAGGGAGAGAAGGAGAGCAGACGCAAAAGGUGGGCUCUCACUCUGAUGCACUUCUCUUCUUUAUCAUUAUCAAACUGUCGCAGUUGUCGAUCGUGCAGCUGUUGGUGAUGAUUGCGGACAAGGCUGACUUUGUUCAAUUAAGAACAUGUUGACUCCAUUAAGAGGUCCUCGUUUGUGGAAGCAUGGGAAGCCCGGGCUGAAGUUUGAGUGCGGCCAAGCAAUCCUCCUGAGGUGAGACAUGUCAGAGCAUCUGCUUUGUGCAAGCGGCUAGCACAUUUAUGACUUUCAAAAGGCUGGGUGUGCAAAACUUCUAGUGACUGAGCUGGUGAAUAAUGGACGGCAACCUGAGCGCAUCAGCGUCCGCCUUGAGCAACAACACGGCCCCCUACCACCCUGCCGCGGGAUCCUGGAUCCUCCUCGUACUGGUCGCUGUCAUCGUCAUCAUCGUGGUGGGAAAUCUGCUAGUCAUCAUCGCUGUAGCUUCGACUUCCCAGCUCCAGACCACAACAAACAUCUUCAUCAUGUCUCUGGCGUGCGCUGAUCUCAUCAUGGGCGUCCUGGUGGUGCCCUUGGGGGCCACCAUCGUGCUGACUGGCAACUGGCAGUUGGACGAAACCUCGUGCGAUUUCUGGACUUCGGUGGAUGUUUUGUGCGUGACGGCGAGCAUAGAGACGCUCUGUGUGAUAGCGGUGGACCGCUACAUAGCGAUCACGAGGCCGCUCCGACACCAAGUUUUACUGUGUAAGUGGCGCGCCAGGGCAAUCGUUUGCUUGGUGUGGAUCGUUUCUGCCUUAAUCUCGUUCGUACCGAUUAUGAAAGGCUACUGGCGCGCGGACAACGAAUACGAAGCCAGAAUGUGCUACGAUGACCCCGCUUGCUGUGACUUUGUCACCAACUGGGCGUACGCCAUCGUAUCUUCCAUAGUGUCUUUUUACAUUCCUCUCUUUAUCAUGAUCUUCGUGUACGCGAAGGUCUUCCUAAUAGCGAGACGGCAGGUGAAGCUCAUCGAUAAAAGCAGAAUGCGUUUCAAGCACGAGUGUCCAGCAAUGCAAAUGCAAGGCGGUUCCGAAUUGAACAAUGCGGCCCUCCAGUCGGUGUGCAUAAGCCAGGGUACGUGCAACAGUGGUCUGUGGAGGAAGGGCAUCAAGCGAAGACCGUCGCGGUUAUUGCUUGUCAAAGAACACAAGGCCCUAAAAACUUUAGGUAUCAUCAUGGGGACAUUUACCGUGUGCUGGCUCCCGUUCUUCGUCGCCAACAUCAUCAACGCUUUUGACCGAAGCGUUCCGUCGGAGAGGAUCUUCAGACUCUUAAACUGGCUGGGUUACGUCAACUCUGGCCUCAAUCCAAUCAUUUACUGCCGGAGCCCCGAGUUCCGCGUCGCCUUCAAGAACCUUCUGGGCUGUCCGUGGCUGUCCUCCCUGUGGCUCAAUACCUUCUACAAAGAAGUGCGGACCCGCUGCUCCUGCUUUCAAUGGCGGGCCGAGUCGGGCCUGGGGGGCUCUUUCCAUAAAGCUCCGAGCUUGACCGGUACUCGAGGGAACAAGAGCGAAGAAGCUUCCCCAGUUCCUCUCCAGUCCAACGGCAGCACACAGUUCAGUGAGUCAUCACAACCAGAGGCCAGAUUCUUCACAUUGCAGGAAAAAGAAGGAUGAGGACCGCCAAUGUCACACUACUGAAGCCAUUACUGUGAAUCCCAGCAGCCAAUGAGGAGCCUCCACAGUGGACAGUGAGGUCCAGCACUGAGAUAGCGGGACUGAUUUGAUUGGUGGCACAGCACCACCUUGGACAACUGAUCGUACGCAGCGCCAUCGACGUGAAACUUAACACUGACUGAAUUUGAAUAUGUACUUACAAAAAAUUAUUUACAUGCAGACUGCAUAGGCACCUGCUUGUGGUUUCAAACUGUAAAAACAUUUGCACAGAAUGAUAUAAUAACUUAUCUAUUUAUGAUAUACAUGAUCGCGAGCAAAAUAUGCUCGCUAAUUUAAUAAACUCUUUUCCGUUUAGGAAUUUUAAUUGCAUAAAUAUUAAAGGGGCUGCCCUGUGAAAUCAAUUCUGGUAUCUUUUCAGCCUUCGUCUUUCCAGCGAUUCAGUUGUUGUUGUCUAAAUCCCGACUAUAAAUGGAAACAUAACUCAAUGUAAACCACAUUUUGAAAAUUUGCUAUCCACUAAAACUGUCUUUCAGCAUUUUUCCAUCAAUUUGCAAGUAACCUACGACGAGCUGCACGUAAAACGCCCCCAAUUCAAUUUAUGGAUAUUAGCAAAUACCUCUUUGGAGAAGCAUUUUAAGGAUUGGGGUAUGCAAUGUUUGCAGUUAUGUGCCAGUGGAGUACGGGGCUUGCACGUAGCUCCAAAGAUGUCAAAUUGAUAGCGACUGUUUCUGACAUCUUCUUGGGGAUUGCGAGAUGCAGCAUCAAUCCAUCUUCACCAAAGAUGCAAGUAAGUGAUACUCUGAUCAUGUCAUGUGUGUACUGUACUGUACAGCAGAUGUAUAUGCACCACAUUCAUCUUGUCCUGCCACAGUUUGAUCGCAUGACACGAGCAAACCUUUUUUUAAGUAAGAAUCAAUCCCAAUUUAGAAAGAUCACCUCUUUUGAGCCACGUCUCUCAAAGCGAGUUGUCUUCGCUGCCAGUCUUUCUCUUGCCUGCUUGCCAGGUCCGCUGAAUUAUGGUAUGAUGCAGUCAAAAUUCAUCGGCCUCAUCGAUGACUUUUCUUCCCCUGGCUCUUUGGUGUGUGUUAUGUGUGUGAUGGCGCCAUAUAUUUGUGUUACGCUGACAAAUAAAACUAGAAAUGCAAAA